AUGGCGCUUGACAACUUCUACCACAACAAAAUUGAAUCUCUUAAACUCGAAAUCAUCCAAGGACAAGCCGUUCUCCGUCGGCUAGAAGCACAACGAAAUGACUACAACUCAAGAGUCCGGUUACUCCGCGAGGAAUUAGGACUUCUGCAGCAGCCUGGUUCCUAUGUCGGAGAAGUUGUCAAGGUCAUGGGAACAAAAAAGGUCCUGGUCAAAGUGCACCCUGAAGGCAAAUAUGUCGUCGAUAUCGCUGAUAGCGUUGAUAUCUCCAAACUCACAGUUGGAAAGCGUGUUUCCUUACUCUCCGACUCGUACAAACUCGAGAAAAUGCUUCCUUCCUCUGUCGAUCCUCUGGUCUCACUCAUGAUGGUGGAGAAGGUGCCUGACAGUACAUACGACAUGAUCGGGGGUCUCGAUCAACAAAUCAAAGAAAUCAAAGAAGUCAUCGAACUUGGUCUAAAUCAUCCCGAGCUUUUUGAGUCUUUAGGUAUUGCUCAACCCAAAGGAGUUCUGCUCUAUGGCCCGCCUGGUACCGGGAAGACACUACUGGCUCGAGCCGUUGCACAUCACGCAGACUGCAAAUUCAUUCGAGUUUCCGGCUCGGAAUUGGUACAGAAGUAUAUUGGUGAAGGUAGUCGGAUGGUGCGAGAGCUGUUCGUUAUGGCUCGAGAGCACGCUCCCAGUAUCAUCUUCAUGGACGAAAUCGACAGUAUAGGUUCUAGCCGCGUGGAGGGAAGUAGUGGUGGUGACUCGGAAGUGCAGAGAACCAUGUUGGAGUUGUUGAAUCAACUGGAUGGAUUCGAGCCGACCAAGAACAUCAAAGUCAUUAUGGCUACCAAUCGGCUAGACAUUCUGGAUCCCGCUCUUCUACGGCCCGGUCGUAUUGACCGGAAAAUCGAGUUCCCUCCACCAACUGUUGAAGCACGAGCCGACAUUCUUCGAAUCCACUCACGCAGCAUGAACUUGACAAGAGGGAUCGAUCUCAAGAAGAUCGCAGAGAAGAUGAACGGAUGCUCUGGCGCCGAGCUCAAGGGUGUGUGUACGGAGGCUGGUAUGUUUGCUCUGCGAGAGCGCAGAGUGCAUGUCACUCAAGAAGACUUUGACUUGGCAACCGCCAAAGUACUCAACAAGCACGACGACAAAGAGGUCUCACUGGGCAAACUAUGGAAGUAA